GCAGCGGAGGAAGCGGCCGAGAAGCAGGAAGGCGGCCAGAGAAGGAUGCGCUAGCAGCGGCGCCGCAUCCCUUGCUCGCCGCGCAACCCCAGGAACAGCUCGCCGGAGGGAAGGGGCGCGGCGGGAAGGCGGAUUAACGCUGUUCUCCCAAAGCUCUGCUCCAACAUGGCUUCGAGGAGGAGUGGCAGUGACCCAGCAGACAGGAGGAGGACAGAGAGAGACAGAUCAUCCCUCCUGGAAGUUGCCUCAGAAGACCAGGUGGCACAGCAGACAGAAGAGGUCUUCCAGAGCUAUGCUUUCUAUCGAUACCAACAAGAGCAGGAGCAGACUGGGCAGGAUGUGCCAAUAGAUCCAGAAAUAGCUGUGAUGCGGCCGGAGCUUGACAGCAUCAACAACCAAGUGGGCAGGCGCCUGGCCACUAUAGGGGAUGACAUCAAUGCACGGUAUGACAGUGAGUUCUCUGAGAUGCUGAAGUCACUGAAGCCCUCCAGGGACAAUGCUUAUGAGUACUUCGUCAAAAUAGCCUCCAGUUUGUUUGAGAGCGGCAUCAACUGGGGUCGUGUGAUAGCACUGCUGGGCUUCGGCUACAGGAUGGCAAUCCAUGUGUACCAGCAGGGGUUGACCGGCUUCCUAAGCAGGAUCGCCCGCUACAUGGCUGACUUUGUGCUUAGAAACCACAUUGCCCAGUGGAUUGCCCAGCAGGGAGGAUGGGCAGCAGCGCUGGACUUAAGCAACGUUUACUGGAAGUACGUGGUGACAGUGGCGGCUGUGAUUUUGCUGGGCCACUUUGUGAUGCGGCGCUUCUUUAACCAGUGACAGGGAAGGAGAGUGUCACUGGCCAUUUGCAUCCCAGCCAUUGACUCGCUCCUGGGAGGUGACACUUGUCAAGGAGGAUUCAGGAAACAACCAAAGGAAGCCAGAUGGUUCUUUAUCAUCUUCCAAUACAACACCAGCUUAUUAACCAUCCACAUGGAGAUUUCAAACACAAGAAAUCCACAGCAUAGUAUUUAAAAAGGUGGAACUGAGUAUGGGAGAGGAUUUAUUACUUCAAGAGACCACCGGGGGGGGGGGGUGAGAAAACAACAGGUUGGUUACAUUCACAGUGUUGCCAGAGGAAAAGCAAGGGAUGUUGUUUC